ACUGUGACAAUUGAUGUCUUGCAGCGGAAGGGUUUAGAGACAGACACCGAACAUGGCCGCGCUCGGCAGCCAUGCAAGUCGCCCAGAAAACGGCGAAAAACAAAACAAAAAUCCACUCGUGUCUCCCCUGAAAGUGCGAGAACUUCUCAACGAAGGGGUCGCUUCGGAAGACAACGUGUUAAAUUGUUCACAGCAGGAUCCAAACACACUGUCUCCAAAUGGCCUUGGGAAAGCUCCUUGUGAGGCAGCAAACAAAGAAGCGUUUUUCAACAGAGUGGAAUCCUACUCAUGUCUCAAAUGGGCUGGAAAGCCCCGUGCACUCUCGCCGCUGAGAUGUGCACGGUACGGCUGGAUCAAUGUAGACUGUGACAUGCUGAAGUGUUCUAGUUGCCAGGCUUUCCUCUGUGCAUCAAUCCAAGCAACCUUGGACUUCCAGAAAUAUGAAGGACGGAUUUCAGAGUUGCUACUGCAGCUUCUAACGCAACAUGAGAAAUUCUGUUCCUGGCCGGAUUUUCCAUGUCCAGAUCGCUUCUGGAUGGUUCCUAUUAAUGAACCUAUGGUAUUAUUCAGUGCCUUUCUAGACCGUUUCAAAAGUGCUUGCCUUCUAGAACAACAGCUGCCUGCUAUGAAACCAGAGCACCUUAAAGCCAUGACCUUGACUGAAGAUGUAAUAAGUGUUCUCCUACAGCUGAUUGAAGAUGAACAAGUGAAGCAGUGUGGUUCUCCUUCUAAGGUCUCAUCAGAUCCACUCUCUGUACUGGUGGCAGCAUGUAUCGUAGCUCUUUGUGGUUGGACAGCCAGCCCUUCACUCCAAGCUAUGAAUCUGCCCGUCCUCACUUGUUCGUACUGCAUGAGAAAUGUGGGAAUGUGGAACUUCUUUCAAAUGGAGACCGUUUCAGAGAGCGAAAAUCCUCCGCAGUCUCCAACAUCUACUACUGCCUUGAUUCCAUCUCUAGGCACAAGUGAGGAAAAGGGGAUGCCCACCUCACCAUCCCAGUCCCCUACUCCAUGUCGCAUGAAGCUGCGUAGUCAAGACCCCACACGCUCUGAGCAGAUGGAGAGUACACCAUCCCGACUGGUCCUCCACGCCAGAAGCAGGGACUCGCCUAUUCCACAUGAGGAGUUUCCCAGCCCCCUGUCAAGGGCCAAGAGACCCAUGACUCGCAGCAGGGGCCAAGGAGAAAACCUGGCUGUGGAUGUGCCCUCUAGUCCACAGCGAAAGACAAAAUGCCCACGUCUCUCCUCUGCCAGUGACCCUGAAGGGCCGAUGCACAGAAAUGUUUUUGACCCAGUAGCCCAGCACAGAGACUGGUGUCCUUGGGUGAGUGUGGAAAGAGAGGAGGGCAAUCUAGAUGGCUCUGUCUUUGUUGGCUCUGAGGCUGAGCUCCCUCGGCCUGGCUGGAAAGCAGUGCUUACUCUGUUUCUAUCCAUGAAGAGAAGCCUCAGUCCAGUAGGGGCCAGUCUAUCCCAGGGUCCUCAUGACAAAUCAAAAAGGGUGUUCUCGAUAUUCCGACAGUGGCAUGUAUCUUCCCCAUGCCAGUAAAUUGUGUUUCAGAAGGUGGACUGGGGAAACUGAGUCUUGUUUAAAGUAUUGGGUUUGGUUGGGAAAGGGACCGUAAAUCCACACGGAUCAAGCGGCCUGUGAUGAAAGACCUUGGCUUGGAGCAGGAAAGCCCGACAGAGUUCUUCUCAGAAAUUGUCACUUUACCACACUGUUUUGAAUCUGGGCCCGUCCAGUCGCAUUAGAACAUCAACAGACUGGUGACCGACGCUCUUUACCUCACAUGGGCAGCCAAAUAGUCCUCGCUGCCUCACUGGACAUGAGGCUUCAUAGGGUUUUAGCCUAAAUUUAGGGAAGUGUUAGUGAAGCUCUUAGAACUACACUGGAAGACAUGCUAGUUGAAUCAGUACUUUUCACAUAAUAGUUUAGCCGAGGAGAACCAGUGUUUUUGUGUGUUUCUUCUGCAUUGUCGAAGUAGGUAUAUAUUAUAUUUGCUUCCAUAAAUGUGAAUGAGCCGAACAACAUUUUUAUCUCAUUUUUUUUUAAAGAUGUUUAUCAUCUUUUACCCCCAUGCCAGUGAAAUAGAUGCAUUAGAAAACUGCCAAUGUAAAUGAU